AUGGCCAGCCCCGCGCCCUUAGUGGCCUCCAUUAGUCACCAAAUGGUGGCUCUGCAGACCCUGCAGCUGCUGCAGCAGGAAUGGGGCUGGGGGGACGGGCCGGGCGCCCCGGGAGGCUCACGCGACCCGGACCACGUGUUGGCCGCUCCGGUCCGCCGCUCAGGCCCGCUGAGGGCCCAGCUGGGGCCAGAGCUGGGGAUGGGGGGCGGGGCCGUGGGGGCCGGGGCGCGGGCGAGCUCCCCGGAGGUGGAGGUGGAGGGGGGCGCCGAGCUGCUGCCCCUCCCCCGGGACCGCGGGCCCUGCACCCUGGCGCGGAUGGCGAUGCGCAGCGCGCUGGCCCGUGUGGUGGACUCGACCUCCGAGCUGGUUAGUGUGGAGCAGACGCUGCUGGGGCCACUCCAGCAGGAGCGGUCCUUCCCCAUCCACCUGAAGGACAGUGUUGAGUUUAGAAACAUCUGCAGUCAUUUGGCUCUACAAAUCGAAGGACAGCAGUUUGACAGAGACUUGAAUGCUGCCCACCAGUGCUUGAAGACCAUAGUCAAGAAGCUGAUCCAGUCCCUUGCCAAUCUUCCUUCGGAUGCCCACAUGGUGGCCUGUGCGUCCUUGAGACAGAUCUUGCAGAAUCUCCCAGACGUAUGA